UAUAAGCGGCAUAAAUUCUAUUUUUAAAAACACUACAAUCUUGGUUAUUGUUACUCGUUGAUCUAAAACGUUUUCUAGCCAUAUAAUUAUGCAUUUGAGAUGUGAUAAGAUAACACAAAAUGCAUGAACGUCAGAAGCAUAGAUCGUCAAAACAUUCCCCACGGCAUCGUGUCUACAAUAACAACAACAACAACUACGAUGAUACCAAACUACACAAAGUGUCAUCACUUCAAGGACAAUCCCAGAAAUCUCAGUCUUCCAAACAUCCUGCACUCCCUCCUUACUACUAUGCAAUCAUCUUCGUAACUGCAGUCGGUUGCUUCAUUAAUAGCUAUGAUGGUGAUUUUGUAUUUGACGAUAUGGAGGCCAUUUUACAUAACAAAGAUGUGCAUUCGGGAACUCCACUGUCCGUCGUAUUCUCUAAUGACUUCUGGGGAAGUAAGAUCGCAACUAACACAUCUCAUAAGUCUUAUAGGCCACUGACAGUAUUGUCAUUCAGGUUGAACCAUUACAUAUCAGGGGGGCUCCAUCCGAGGGGGUUCCAUAUAGCUAACAUCCUACUCUAUGGUCUACUCUGCUGUCUUCUACUUCCUACAGUUCACAGUUUGAUUCAGGCCUGGCCUGAACAUUUCACCCUGCAGAGGUACCAGGCAACAUUUUUGGCAGUGUUAAUGUUUGCAGUGCACCCUGUGCACACAGAAUGUGUUGCUGGAAUUGUGGGUAGAGCAGACCUCCUUUGUGCCAUAUGUUUCUGCCUUGGAUUUCUUGCAUACAAGCAAUCUAUAGAACAGGAAGGUGAUCCUUCCUCAAAGUCUAAGUUGUCAUGGUUACUGCUCUGCGGGGGUAUCACAGCGAUAGGGGUGCUGUGCAAAGAACAGGCAAUCACAGUCAUUGGUGUAUGCAGUGCCUUCGAUAUUUUAGUGGUCAAUGGAGUAUCCAUGGAAACAGUCCUUACUUUUAACUCAAGUCAUUUUUUUAACCAAAAACAUAUUCAGUCUCUGUUGAGGCGUCAAUUUUAUCUGCUAUUGGUUGGGGUGGCCAUCUUAAGUACCAGGAUGUGGGUCAUGGGAUCAGAGCCACCUAUAUUUCAAAUUGUGGACAAUCCACAUUCAUUUGUAAAUAACACUAUUUUAAGAGUUUUAAACUACAACUACAUAUAUGCAUUAAACUGCUGGAUUUUAGUAUUUCCUGCCUGGCUGUGUUUCGAUUGGUCGAUGGGUUGUAUUCCCGUCAUAUACUCAAUCUUUGAUCUUAGAAUCUCCAUUGCUUUUACUUUCAUCAUUGGGCUAAGUUGCUUACUUUACAAAGCAGCUCAGUCAGGGCCCAACUCAAGAGUCAUAUCCAUGUCUCUCACAGUGCUGAUAGUGCCAUUUCUUCCUGCAAGUAAUUUAUUUUUCCGUGUUGGUUUCGUAAUAGCGGAACGAGCGCUCUUCCUGCCAUCGAUUGGCUAUUGCAUGCUAUGCAUUAUAGGACUCGAUGUUGUCACUCAAAAUAUCAAACAGAAAAAAUUAAUCACUGGUGCUGUUAUAUUACUACUUGCUGCAUUAGCUAUCAAGUCCAUCCAAAGAAGCUCUGAGUGGCGUAAAGAGGUGGAUUUAUUCAACUCUGGGGCUUUUGUUUGUCCCUUAAAUGCCAAGGUGCAUUAUAACAUUGGAAAGAUAGCUGCUGAUAGAGGGAACACUGAUUUAGCCAUAGAAAAAUACAGACUAGCCAUAUCUUUAAGUCCAAAGUAUGACCAGCCUAUGAACAACUUGGCUAAUAUACUAAAAGAACAGGGCCAUCUGAGAGAAGCUGAGAAUCUUCUCAUAGAAGCAGUAACCAUAAGGCCUGAGUUUGCAGCUGCCUGGAUGAACCUGGGGAUUGUGCAAGCAGCCUUGAAGAAAAAUGCAUCCUCAGAAGUUAGCUAUUUAAAUGCACUCAAACACAGGAGGCGUUAUCCUGACUGCUAUUAUAAUCUUGGGAAUCUAUACCUAGAGGUUGGAAAACACCAACAAGCGAUGGAUGCUUGGAGGAAUGCAACAAUACAACAACCAACACAUGUAAAAUCAUGGAAUAACAUGAUGAUUUUAAUGGACAAUUUAGGCAAGACAGAGCAGGUUGAAGGGAUUGGUAAACAAGCUUUGAAUAUUGUACCUGAUGCUCCAACAAUACAUUUCAACUUGGCAAAUACUCUUGGAAAAGCUGCAAGGUUCAGCGACAGUGAGAAACACUUUCUUAGAGCUAUAGACUUAGACAGUGGUAAUGCCCAGUACUGGUCCAACAUUGGAGUGCUGUACCAUAGAUGGAAUAAGUUGGACAAAGCUGAAAAUGCAUACCUAAAAGCAUUGAAAUUAGACAGUAGCCUCACAAACACUCAAGACAAUCUGAAUAUGCUACUAAGAAAGAAAUUAAAAACAUAA